CAAGGAAAUCAGCACUUUUAACACUUAAACUUUCAAAACAAAAUUGCUGCUGAACGUGCACUUACGGAGUGUUUAAUAAUGGACACAAAUUUGGAAUCAAGAUUCCAAUAAAAAUCACAAGUUUAAUUUAAGGACUGCAAAAUAAUACGGAGUAGAUUUAAAGGAAAUAGUGCUCCCCUAGAAUUGUCUUCUUCAUCGCUGCGCAGAUUCCCAGAACCAGAGUCAUCCAUGGCUUCCUUCCAGUGCGCCGGACCCAUUGACCUCGCCGCCAUCGCCGGAUUGUUGACAUCGGACUGCCGGGCCUAGGGGUCGGAACCCUAGGCCGGCCCCCUGCUCUGCUCCCGAUCUGUCUCUCGAUCUCCCUCUAGAGUUGGGGUUGAAGGAGAUGAUUUUUCUUGUGGCUUUUGUCUCCUUUUAUAGUUGUGAAGUUUGGAAUCUUCAAUUUGGAGUAGGAUUCUUGGAAUUUGCGUUGGAUUUGGGGAAGAACUCUGUUUCUUGCGCCUUCCGUUUGGAGUCUGCUCUCUUCUGCGCUGGAACUGUCGUUGAUGUUGUCUAUGCAACCGAACUGCCAAACCUUAAUGCCUCGCCGGAAGAGAUCCCGCGCUUUAAGUAUGCAUUUUUGGCAUUCCUUGCGGCAAUACAUGGAUUACAAUACUGCAUGCCUGUAGUGACGAUGGACAGAACUAAUUUGUACGAAAAGUACAAGGGUCAUCUCCUUCUUGUGGUUUCCAUGAAUGAUGUUGGUAGCUUUAAAGUUCUACCUCCAAAACGGCCAGCAGACGAGAUUCCACGUUCAGGGAGAUGUCAACACAAUUGAUACCAGAGCGAGAUGAAUUUCAAGGCAAUGAUAUGAUUGUAGUUUAAUAUUAUUUUGUUUGUUUCAGUCUAUGUAUUGUAAUUCUUGUUUACUUGAGAUGUUGAGAAUGUAAUUUUCUGUUGAUGUUUUUAAUAUAUUUGUGUUUUCAAAAUAGCCCAAUAUUCGUUUAAAAAGAGGUUUCUCAAAAUUAUUUAAUUUUUUUUGUUUAAAACCGGAUUUUUCCGAUCCAAUUUUUUAAAUGAUUUAUUUUUUUUCUUAAUGAACAUUUUUUUAAUUA